GAGAAGUUGGUGGGCGGGGAAUCAAUGAAGCAUCUCUUUUCUACCACCCUGAGGGGCGACCCUGAGGAGAUGCACCCGAGUCACAGGAAUUAUCCAGCUUGCCUCCACUUGUAGAUGAGUGGAAAACCCAAUGAUUUGAGCUAAGUGCCAACAGGGGAUUGUCCUUGGUUUUUGUGCUAUUCAGCAUUCCUGAAGUUCUUUUCACAUCUUCUCUUAUUGUAAAAAGUGCAUUUAAGUUUUGAAAAAUGAAGCAGUUGAAAAGAAAAAGGAAAAGCAAUUUUAGUGUUCAAGAAACUCAGACUCUUUUGAAAGAAAUUACCAAAAGGAAAGAAGUCAUUUUUUCCAAGCAGCUCAAUACAACAAUAAACGUGAUGAAGCGAAUGGCUUGGGAGGAGAUUGCACAGUGUGUGAAUGCUGUAGGGGAAGGAGAACAGCGAACAGGGACAGAAGUGAAAAGAAGGUACCUUGACUGGAGAGCUCUUAUGAAGAGAAAGAGAAUGAAGGCGAACAUUAAGCUGGUGGGUUCUGGAUUUCCCCUUCCCACAUCUGAUUUAGAUGAUUCCCUCACUGAAGAGAUAGAUGAAAAGAUCGGAUUCCGAAAUGAUGCAAAUUUUGACUGGCAAAAUGUAGCAGAUUUCAGGGAUGCAGGUGGAUCCUUAACAGAGGUCAAAGUAGAAGAGGAAGAAAGGGAUCCCCAGAGUCCUGAAUUUGAGAUUGAGGAAGAAGAAGAGAUGUUGUCAUCUGUGAUACCAGAUUCCAGGAGGGAAAAUGAGCUUCCUGAUUUCCCCCACAUUGAUGAGUUUUUCACACUUAAUGCAACGCCAUCUAGAUCUGCAUAUGACGAUCCCCAUUUGCUUGUAAACAUAGAGAAACAGAAACUAGAGCUGGAAAAACGACGACUGGAUAUUGAGGCCGAGAGACUGCAGGUAGAAAAGGAACGCCUGCAGAUAGAGAAAGAAAGGCUGCGACACUUAGACAUGGAGCAUGAACGGCUCCAGCUGGAGAAGGAGCGGCUACAGAUUGACAGAGAGAAGCUAAGGUUACAGAUAGUCAGUUCCGAAAAACCAUCCUUGGAAAAUGAACUUGGCCAAGGAGAAAAGUCUUUACUUCAGCCACAAGACAUAGAAACAGAGAAGCUAAAACUUGAGCGAGAACGCUUGCAGCUGGAAAAAGAUAGGCUGCAAUUUUUGAAGUUUGAAUCUGAGAAGCUGCAGAUUGAAAAGGAACGCUUACAAGUGGAAAAAGAGAGACUUCGAAUUCAGAAAGAGGGACACUUGCAGUGAUUUUUUUUUUUUUUUUUAGGUCUUAGUGAAUGUUUAUAUAAACUAGAUUUUUCUCAGAUGACGUGUAGUUGCUGGAUUAGUGUUCUUUUCCUAAUGUCAGUGUUUUCCAUAGGUAAAGGUAGUUAUGUAUGGAUAGCUGUAUGCUUAAGUAGUACACUGUAUAAAAACUCUGUGCCCUAAUAUAAACAGAGUAGAGAAUUAUUGUACUAGACUUCACAUUAGUAAUACUAUAUAGAAUCUUGUAUUAUCUGUGCACCCAGAGUUUACAAUUAUGUCUAUACAAAAUUCUAGUCCAGUUGUUCUCAAUUGAGGUGAUUUGGGCCCUGGGAAAAUAUUUGGUAAUGUCUGGAGACAUUUUUGGUUGUCAAAACUGAUGUUUGGAGGCAAGUGGCUCCUUGCACCUAAUGUUGUAGAGGCUGCAGAUGCUCCUAACCUUCCCGCAGUGCACAAGUCACCCCUCUUCACAGUAGAGAAUUCCCCAACCCCAAAUGUCAUUAGUAUCAAGUUUAAGAAACCCCGUCCUAGUCCAACUGUGCACCUCUAUUGCUAUGUUGUAUAGUUUUAGAAUAUUAAAACCUCAGAUACUUAAAUGGGUAGAUAAUUAAAUGGCCAAAAACUUUUAACUAUGAAAUAAUACUGUGUAGUAUGUUGAUUGUAGGAAAUGAUGAAAAUUAUAGGUAUUUUAUUCCCAUUUUCCAUUUACAAAUGGCCUAAUAGAAAAUAAU